UCAUGACCAAAAAUCAUUAGUUUUUCCUGAUUUCCAAGAUGUUUGUAAGACACGCUAUUUGCCCACAGCUUUUGACACUGUUUUUGACCAGCUUUUGGCAUUUGGUCGACGGAACACAACUCAUAGAUCCACGCAUUAUUGGUGGUUAUGUGGCGAACAUUAAGGAUCUCAAGUAUCUGGUGCAGGUUUCCACAGAUGAAGAAAUCUGCGGAGGUUCCUUGAUAACAUCACGCUGGGUUAUUACUGCAGCGCAUUGUGUCUACAACGUAAAUCUUUCCGAUCUCCGUGUCAUUGGUGGCACAUCCGAGCAGGGCGAUCAAAAUGCCAUUAUAAGAAUGGUGAACUUGGUGGCCACUCCUCCAGGUUUCAGCAUGAAAACAAUGAACAUGGAUGUGGCAGCGCUGCUGCUUGAUCAGGAAAUGUCCGGUCCCAGUGUGCAGACUAUAAAACUCGCCGCCCAACCAGCACCACCUGGCAAACUGGUCAAGGUCUCCGGCUGGGGUGCAGUGUCAACCAAAUCUUCCCAAACAGCACGUCAAGUGCACAGUGUCCUGAUGCCCAUGUGGUCAACAGCUGCCUGUCGCUCCGCUUAUCGUGGCAAGCAGCACAUAACCCGCUCCAUGGUCUGUGCAUCGAAGCCGUAUCAACGUGACUCCUGCGACGGCGACUCCGGCGGACCAAUGGUCUAUCGUGGUGAACUUGUGGGCAUUGUAUCCUUUGGCUUCGAAUGCGCCAGUCAAUUACCAGGCGUCUACACCAGCGUGCCUGUGGUCAGAAGAUGGUUCUUCGACAUGGUAGAAGAGUACUCCUAAGCCAACUAUAUUUAAGCCUAAAGUAUAAUCUUAUAGCACAAAUUCCACUAAGAAAAUAAGUAAAUCAUUUCGUAGAAUAUAACAAAUAAACAAAAAAUUGAAUAUUA